GGAUAUGUUUAGAGAGGAAGGGUUAUAGAGGUUGUUCCCUUAGCCGGUGCUUUUGGGGGUGAGAAAGAAAAAAGAGAAGAAAGGUGGGGCCAAAGUGAAAUGGUUAGAACUAUUUAAUUUGGGGUGGGAUUUGUUCUCUUGAAUCUGUCCGUAUUCCCUUUGGAAAUAGCAGCAGCUAGACAGAGAGAGAAAGAGGGAGAAUAAUGUUCCAUCCUAAGAAAGCUUCCACUAUGAAUUCUCACGAGAGAGGGAUGUGCGUUCAAGGCGACUCCGGCCUCGUCCUCACCACCGACCCCAAGCCCCGCCUUCGCUGGACUGUUGAGCUUCACGAGCGCUUCGUCGAUGCCGUCACUCAGCUCGGAGGCCCUGAUAAGGCCACCCCAAAGACCAUCAUGAGAGUUAUGGGUGUAAAGGGUCUUACUCUUUACCACCUCAAGAGCCAUCUCCAGAAAUUUAGACUGGGAAAGCAACCUCACAAGGAAUUCAAUGAUCAUUCAAUUAAGGAUGGCAUGAGAGCUUCAGGUUUAGAACUUCAUCGAAACACGGCUUCUUCAUCCAAUAUGAUCAACCGCACCAUGAACGAGAUGCAAAUGGAGGUGCAGAGAAGAUUGCAUGAACAACUAGAGGUGCAAAGACACUUGCAACUGCGAAUCGAGGCACAAGGGAAGUACAUGCAGAGCAUACUAGAAAAGGCUUGUCAAACCCUAGCGGGUGAAAACAUGGCAGCUUCCGGCGGCUACAAGGCCAUGGGUGGGAUCCCAAAUAACAAUAAUAAUCAGCAAGAUUUUGGCUCCCCUCUUGGCUUCCCAUCUUUUCAAGACCUGAACCUCUAUGGAGGCGACCAGCUUGAUCUUCAGCAAAACGUGGAUGGAUUCGUGUCUCAUAACGAUAGCUUACUAUGCUUGGGAAAGAAGAAGUCUAGGCCGACACCAAGUACGCCAAACUACGGGGGCAGCUCGGGAAAAGGUGCGUUGGACUGGCCAGAUGAUCUCCGGCUGCAAGAUAUAGGAAUGGCGCCGCCCACGUCGUGCGUGGGGCAGCAAGAAGAUGAUUUCAAAGGCAUGGGUGGGACGCUGGUGGCCGAAAGAGAUCAUUUGGAGGAAAUGUAUGAGGCGAAGCCAGUUGUGUCGGAUGAUGAAGGCUUGGGAGAUCACAAGAAGUAUGACGUGAAUAAUAAUAACAACAACAAUAAUAAUAAUUCGUCCAUAAAGCUUCAGAGGCCGUCGCCCCGAAGGGUUCCCCUUUCCGUGGAUAGGGCUAACCACCCUCUUAUUACCACUGCUCCUCAGUCCACACAUUCACCUUUUGGUUAAUUCCCAUUAAUCUCUUUCAGUUUCUUACAGUCGGGUUAUUUUGAGUGACACAAUUUUUUGUUUGAUACUCGUGAAAUUUAAUUACUUUGGAGUAAUUUCAACAACAAGGGGUUGACUUUUUGCA